AUGGAUCAACACCUCCAGGUGACGUCUGGAGCUCCUACUUCUCCGCCUCCUCCGCAGCCAGGAAAUCACGGCCCUCCUGGCGGAGGCAGUGGCCCUUCAGCCAAUCCAGGUCUCUUUGCCGCCAGGCAACAUGCGAGCGAACUGGCGACCGAAUACUAUGCCGCAUCCAUAUGCGGAAUCAUAGCCAUUUUCAUCAUAGGACACUGGACAAGAGUCCUCGUCAACAAACGACAUGUUCCGGCAGGCAUAAGCAAAGUCUUGUCUCCAUUUGCAGCUGUAACGAGAGCGUUCCGACGAUUGUUUAUUCGCAAGAUUCCCGGAUUUCUAUCAGCAGGUCAUGCCAUUUUGUACUUGGUCUACACCGCGAUAAACCUCGCCCUAGCCUUUACUGGACUUGAUUUCAGUCGACCAACAAACUUUGCUGCUCGUUUUGGAUGGAUGUCGGCUGCAAACUUUGCCCUGGUGGUUUUCCUAGGACUCAAGAAUACACCACUAGCCAUUCUGACUUCAUAUUCAUACGAGCGGCUGAACCCUCUUCAUCAAGUCGCGGGGUAUGCGACCAUUCUCUACAUGAUCCUCCACGCCUCGAUAUACUCGGCAUACUUUAUUGGUGCAGGCAAGUGGGACUUGAUGCAUGAAGACAUCGUUACUGCCGGAAUCGUGCUGGGAUUUGCCAUGUUUGCCAGUGGUGUUGAAGCCGUGGUAUUGCGACGCUUCAAGUACGAACUCUUUUACGUUUUCCACAUUAUCCUCUUCAUCAUGAUGGUGGUGACGCUGGCGUUGCACCGACCUGAACUCAGUGCCGAAAAGGUGGGCAUCAUUGCCUGCAUCACGGCCGCCAUCUGGCUCUCCGAUCGGCUCAUUCGUUUCUCUCGGCUCAUCUAUAAUGGUAUCAACAACGAGGCGACCGUCUACCCUCUGCCCAACGGCGGGACGCAGAUUUUGCUUAGAAAGCCUCUUCCCCGGGCUGUACCUGGCAAGCACUGUUAUGUCUGGCUUCCCAAGGUCCGACUUUUGGAGACCCACCCCUUCACCAUUGUGUCGACUUCACCGGCGGAACUUAUCGUCAACUCUUACAGCGGCUUCACUCGAGACCUUGCCGAGUAUGCUCGAAAGAACCCCGGCGCUUCGCUCAAGGUGUCGCUCGAGGGCCCCUAUGGAACGUUCCCAGAUCCCUACGACUUUGACAAGGUGGUCUUGAUCGCUGGUGGCUCAGGGGCAAGCUUCACUUUCGGCAUGGCAUCCAACAUGCUGCAAAAGAUGACAGCCGACUCGGACAAACAGAUUGAGUUCAUCUGGGCAGUCAGGGAUAGAGAUAACCUCUCCUGGUUUUCAGAGCACCUAGAUGCGAUACGCACGCACACUCACGGGUCACGAGUCGCCCUCCGCCUGCACACCACCAAGGCUGCCCCCAAAGACUCGGUUGUCACGGAAAAGGCAUCUAAGCAAUCCCUUCAGCCGACCAUCAACUCUCUCACAUCGGCUGACCUCUCUCCCAUGACCCGCGUCUACGAAACGGACAUGGACGAGCGUCUUGUCAAGUCGAGCGAUCUGCCGGCCAUGAUCCGGCCGCCGACCGAAGACCCCGAAAAGGACGAUAUCCGGGCCAUUGUCUGUCGCAUGGGUAAACGUACAGUCACCACCGGAUCCAUUGAUCUCCCCGUCGAGCAAGGGCGGCCCGAUGUGGCUGUACUGAUCAGCGAGGCGGUCAAGUGUGUUGACAAGGACAAGAGGGUGCUGAUCGCUGCCUGUGGACCGGAUGGUUUGAUGCGGCUUGUCAGGAACACAGCUGCUGGUCUCAUUACAAAGGAUGGCCCAGCCGUGGAACUUCACUGUGAGCAGUUUGGUUGGUAG